AUGAGCGCACCAUCACCGACAACCGCGCGCAGUGCCUUUUGGCCAACCUUCUCUACGCCGGCCGCUCAGUUCCUAGAAAACCAGCUCCUAAAGGACGUCAUCGACCGCAACGUUCACCUCGCCGCGGCGAUGUGGCACGCCAGUCAGGGGCGCAACCUAGCCGGUUGGCUGCCCAACCCUGAUGUCACCUCCCACCGUCUCCGCACGUUUGACCACACGAGAAAGACCCAGCAUCCUGAUCGGUGUGAGCUGUGCGGUGAUGUCUUUGACGAUGACGCUCACAGGAGGGUGAUGUUUGAUCCGUACAAGGUUUUGCUCCGGCCGGCGGGGUACUGCGGUAUUUGCGUGGGGAAGCAGAAGGAUGAUCCGGGGUGUUUUUUCAGGAAGAAGGGGAAGACGAAUAAGGAGGGGUUGACGCUGGCUAUCAAGGCUGAGCCGGUGGGUGAGGGGGAGGGGGGGGAUAUUAUGGAGGGGAUUCCGGAUAGGGACGCGAGUGGUGGGUUGGCGUUGGAGGGCCCGACGAUGAGUACGCCUGCUCCGUUGAGUGAUACGAAGUUGAUGCCGCCUCCUCCGUUGCCGGUGAAGAGGGGGGUGAAGAGGGGGAGGGAGGAGUAG